UUUAUUAUCUAUAUAUACACAGGUACAUGUGUAUAGGUUCUAUAAUUGUUCUCCAUUUGUUGAUUAUCAAAGAGAGUUGAAGGAAAUGAAUUGUGAAACUUCACGGUGUGCUACCCUACAGUACUGUCCUGACCCAUACAUCCAGCGGUUUGUAGAAACUCCAGCUCAUUUCUCUUGGAAAGAAAGUUAUUACCGAUCCACUAUGUCCCAGAGCACACAGACAAGUGAAUUCCUCAGUCCAGAGGUCUUCCAACAUAUCUGGGAUUUUCUGGAACAGCCCAUAUGUUCAGUUCAGCCCAUUGACUUGAACUUUGUGGAUGAACCAUCAGAAAAUGGUGCAAGAAACAAGAUUGAGAUUAGCAUGGACUGUAUCCGCAUGCAGGACUCGGACCUCAGUGACCCCAUGUGGCCACAGUACACAAACCUGGGGCUCCUGAACAGCAUGGACCAGCAGAUUCAGAACGGCUCCUCGUCCACCAGCCCCUACAACACAGACCACGCGCAGAACAGCGUCACGGCGCCAUCGCCCUACGCGCAGCCCAGCUCCACCUUCGACGCCCUCUCUCCGUCCCCCGCCAUCCCCUCCAACACCGAUUACCCGGGCCCGCACAGCUUCGAUGUGUCCUUCCAGCAGUCCAGUACCGCCAAGUCGGCCACCUGGACGUAUUCCACUGAACUGAAGAAACUGUACUGCCAAAUUGCAAAGACAUGUCCCAUCCAGAUCAAGGUGAUGACCCCACCUCCACAGGGCGCUGUCAUCCGUGCCAUGCCUGUCUACAAGAAAGCUGAGCAUGUCACCGAGGUGGUGAAACGAUGCCCCAACCACGAGCUGAGCCGUGAAUUCAAUGAGGGACAGAUUGCACCUCCUAGUCAUUUGAUUCGAGUAGAAGGGAAUAGCCAUGCCCAAUAUGUAGAAGACCCCAUCACAGGAAGACAGAGUGUGUUGGUACCUUAUGAGCCACCCCAGGUUGGCACUGAAUUCACGACAGUCCUGUACAAUUUCAUGUGUAACAGCAGUUGUGUUGGAGGGAUGAACCGCCGUCCAAUUUUAAUCAUUGUUACUCUGGAAACCAGAGACGGGCAAGUCCUGGGCCGACGCUGCUUUGAGGCCCGGAUCUGUGCUUGCCCAGGGAGAGACCGGAAGGCGGAUGAAGACAGCAUCAGGAAGCAGCAGGUGACGGACAGCGCAAAGAACGGUGACGGUACGAAGCGCCCUUUUCGUCAGAACACACAUGGCAUCCAGAUGACAUCCAUUAAGAAACGGAGGUCCCCAGAUGAUGAGCUGUUAUACUUACCAGUGAGGGGCCGCGAGACCUAUGAAAUGCUGCUGAAGAUCAAGGAGUCCCUGGAGCUCAUGCAGUACCUGCCUCAGCACACGAUCGAGACUUAUAGGCAGCAGCAGCAGCAGCAGCACCAACAUUUACUUCAGAAACAGACCUCGAUGCAGUCUCAGUCUACAUACGGUAACAGCUCCCCACCUCUGAACAAAAUGAACAGCAUGAACAAGCUGCCUUCUGUGAGCCAGCUUAUCAAUCCUCAGCAGCGCAAUGCCCUCACCCCUACCACCAUUCCUGAUGGCAUGGGAGCCAACAUUCCUAUGAUGGGCACCCACAUGCCAAUGGCUGGAGACAUGAAUGGACUCAGCCCCACCCAGGCCCUCCCUCCCCCACUCUCCAUGCCAUCCACCUCCCACUGCACUCCCCCACCUCCGUACCCCACAGAUUGCAGCCUUGUCAGUUUCUUAGCGAGGUUGGGCUGUUCAUCAUGUCUGGACUAUUUCACGACCCAGGGGCUGACCACCAUCUAUCAGAUUGAGCAUUACUCCAUGGAUGAUUUGGCAAGUCUAAAAAUCCCUGAGCAAUUCCGACAUGCCAUCUGGAAGGGCAUCCUGGACCACCGGCAGCUCCACGACUUCUCCUCCCCUCCUCACCUCCUGCGGACCCCGAGUGGUGCCUCUACAGUCAGCGUGGGCUCCAGCGAGACCCGGGGCGAGCGCGUUAUUGAUGCCGUGCGCUUCACCCUGCGCCAGACCAUCUCCUUUCCGCCCCGCGAUGAGUGGAACGACUUCAACUUUGACAUGGAUGCUCGUCGCAACAAGCAACAGCGCAUCAAAGAAGAGGGGGAGUGAGCACUACUGUGUGAACGCCUCCCAUCCUCUCCCCAUCUGUCUGCCUCCCUACAAGGCACUAGUGCUUGACCUUCAAAGUGUCCCCUUUAGCUCCUUUCUUUCCUCUUCUCAGUCUGGCUUCUUAAGGGAAGAAGAAGUAAGAGGCUGUCUUUGAUCUAAUGUUCAACCUGGCAUCUGAUUCCGAUUCUGGCUUUAAGCCUUCAAAUCUAUUGCUUGCAGGACUGAAGUUAUCAUGGCUAGGUGGAAGUGAACAAAAGAGCAGUGGGUGUCUCCUUAAGCUGCAAAGAUUUCUCAUUGACUUUUAUAAAGCAUUUUCACCCUUAUAGUCUAAGACUAUAUAUAUAAAUAUAUAAAUAUACAGUAUAUAUUUUUGGGUGGGGGGCAUGGAGUACUGUUUAAAUGUAAUUUAAAGGAAAGGAAACUGAGUUGCACUUAUCAACUUAUUUUUUUAAUUUACUUGUUUGGAUGGCUUAUCUAUACCCCUUCUUUUUUUGGGUAUUAUGUAUGGUAAUUGGUGUCUAGAGCUUGAUGCCAUAUAUGAGUGACAAAAAUGUCCUUUCAGUUCUUUUGAUGCUAAGCAAUUGCCACAUCAAACCUUUGGAGGGAUCCUGUUGUAUUUACCAUUGCAUACUGUAUGGGUGAGACCGUAUGCAUAUUCACGUGGUUUUCUAUUUUAGUGGACUUUAUGUUACUGACAUUGCUACUAGUGAUGGUGGUUCACUUUGGGAUCAUUUAGGGUAAUUACAAGAAAAAGUCCAUGUUCACACUAUCACACCCUAGAAGAAAGGAAAUAUCCUCUCUUGCUUUUGGUUGGGAAUGGGGAAUGUGGGUCAUGGCUAAAAUUCUU